AACCUAAACAGCGUGACAUCCAGCGGAAGUAAACAACAGAGACAUGGCACGAAAUGUGACAUUGUAGCAGAAACGACAAGUGGUAUAUUUGAGCUGUAACCUAGCAACCCUGUAUGUAGUUGAUAGUUUGUGGGAGUUUGUCAACAAGCGACUAGGGUGAUUUGAUUCUUAUUUUGAAGGCGCUUUCGGUCCAUUUCCGUUCGGUUACGCUGUUACUUAGCAACGCCGAACGCUCGGCUCCGCGCUAGCUGCGGUUAGAUUGCCGAGUUAGCAUUAAACAAAAAAAACAUGGACAAUGAGGACGACCUGGACGAACUGUUGGAUGAAGUUGAGAAAAAGUUUUGUAGAGACGUUUCUGUCACGUGUUCAGCUCGGGCGGACCGGCGCGAGGCUGCGAAGUGCGUCACAGACAGCGAAGGGCGGAGAAAACACAGUGCUACAAAACCUGAACAGCCGAUGAGCAGCAUCACUGAUGAUAUUGACGCACUUCUGGAAGAAUUACUGGAGGACGACGACAGCGAUUCCACUCAGAUAAAGACUGAACAGUUUCCUAAAGGAACACAAGCAGAGAAGAAGCUGUCGUCUCAGUCCGGAGGGAGGAAGUGCUGUCCUGUGUUCGUUGGCGGGAGCGCCGUCACAAACGGCGUUGGAACGGCGACAUCCAAGAGGGCCUGUGACCAGUUGAGGUGUACGUCCUGUGACUUCCGGCUGCUGAUGUUCGAUGACUGUGAGUGGGACCUGUCCUGUGAUUACCUGUUCUUCAGGAACAACAUGCCGGACCGUCAGAAGCUGCGGGCCAAGCUGAAGCGGAGGCGAGGUUUCCGGGCGUACGCCUGCCAGUGCAGCUGGUUCUCCACGUCGGCGCCGACAGAACUCCGAGAGCAGCCGCAGCUCCGAUGGGUCUGUGGGAAACACCUCCACUGAUGUUCACUUCUCUGCUAAAAAGCUUUAAAAAACUCUCUCUGGAUGACGGAAAUGUGACAGACAGAGAAACCCUCCGCUGCUAAUCUAAUAUCUGUCUCAUGCUCUAUUCCAUACAUCCUGAUAAUUGUUCUCCGUCACCGAGAAGCAGAGAAAACGCUGUAAAUAAAAUAUUGAAAAUCUGAAUUAUCAGCUUUUUACCCAGAAAAUACAAAAAAACUUCCAAACUAUUUUUUUGUAAUUUCAUCACAACGACUUCCUGCUGUAAAUAAGUGUGAGACUGAACGUAAACAGUGAAAAUGUCACCAUAAAUAACCAAACAAUGCGCUGAAAGAUGCUAUAAAGUAUUAACAUGUAACCUGGUGUUAAUGUAAAAAUAUCAUGAUAGUGCUUUUUUUUUUUAAAGAUCUGAAACCUAUAUAUAGGGACUUUUUAUUACCGUGUAGUUUAGUUUGAUGCAAAUCAAAUGUUUUACUUGUGAACAGUUUCACAAUUAUGGAUGUAAUUUCUAACCAAAAACUGUUAAUAUUUCCACGCAUAUAAAUGAUCAAUGUUCAAAUCA